AUGGAGCUGUUAUCCAUUGGCGCAUCUCUCUUGGGACGAUCAGUCACUGCCAUUGGCUUUCUCGCGAGAGAAACGCUACCACAGUUGGUUGUGACCAUCACGUGCACCACUCUAAUGAUGCUGCUCUUGCUCGUGUGGUACGUCUUGACACGGAGACGAGCCACACAACGGUUGCUGGAAGAAGCUGGCCUACCCACUGUCUUUUGGACACCACGCUUUUGGAACUACGAUGAUUAUCAAAAUACUACUGGCAAGACAGCAUCAUCGGUACUCAAAUCCACGAGCAUUACACGGAUGCUCCCUCGCAUGGAACGACUCCAGGGUCCCAUGGGCAUUUACGGGACGGUGUAUGGUUUCAAUACCGCAGUGAUCCAUGUGGCUCACCCGGUAGCCGCCAAGGCCAUCUUAACCCAAGCCGAAACGGGGGCAUCCAAGCGACCCGCCUACAAUCACUUUUCCAACUUUUGUGGACGAGGUGUCUUUACGGCCGAUGGCAACGACUGGAGGGCCAAACGAGUAGCCGUGCUCCAUGCCUUGCUGCGUGGAGAAGGAUCCCUCGAAGAGCGUGUUCUGUACCAGGCUCAGUUGGCUGCCAAUCAGUUGCUGGACUGUAUUGAUCAAGAGGAUGGCAAGUCUUUCAAUGUCGUGCCCCUGAUUCAACAGUGUACCAUUGGGUUGAUCUUUCGAUACAUUACCCAUCAAAAGGAAAUCCCCAAGAAUGUGACAAGUAUCCGUGAUGAUGAUAAGAACAACAGUGCUGGGUCGCCAUCAUCCCUGCUGCAUCAAUAUCUAGAGUCCGUGACGCACAUUCGAAUGAUCAUCCUGGCCCAGUCCAGAUCCAUUUGGUUUCUACUGCCAAGAUGGUGCUACGCCAUGUUUGCUCCCCUCUACAAACAGGAAGAGGAAACCAUGACAGCCAUUCGACAAUUUGCCCAUGUAGCUUGUGACAUGGCAUUGCCAGAGUCUCCUCUGGAUCAAAUCAGGAAUAGUCCCAGCCAUCAACACGGCAAAGCCAUGAAAAAGGCGGAUGAUAAUACUACACAGUCGUCUUCUUCUGGUUCCAUGGUCUCCCAGGACCUGUUGGAAGAAGCCAUUACCCUGUUGUUCGCCGGACAAGAUACCAGCGCAGCGACGCUCUCGUGGACAUUGCACUUGCUCAGUUUGCAUCCUGCCAUACAAACCAAGCUGGCAACGGAAGUUCGAUCGGUUCUGGGCACUACUACUUGUACAGACUUCAGUAGCAGUGACGACGACGACAACAACAACGACACGGUCCUUUCAAAGGCUAUCAUUGGGCGCAUGCCCUAUCUGGAUGCCGUCAUUAAAGAAUCCAUGCGCCUGUAUCCUGUCGCACCGUUUGUGGUACGAAAGUUGACCCAAGACAUCAUUGUCAUUCCCAAGAACGACAGUACUAGUAGUAAUGAUCAUCAGGAGAGCAGCACAGGGCCAAUUCGAUUGCCGCAAUCGGCCAUGGCGUGUCUGUGGAUCUACGGAUUGCAUCACCAUCCGGAUUAUUGGUCCCAACCAGAAGACUUUGUACCGGAACGAUGGAUCCAAAAGGCGGAUGUCGGCAUCUCCAACGGAGCCUACAUGCCCUUUGCAAUAGGGCCCCGCAAUUGUUUGGGACAGCCAUUGGCACACUGGAUUCUGCGAACCCUGUUGGCACGGUUAGUGCAACGAUUUGACUUUGAAGAUUCGCGUGUGCUGGACAACUACAGCGCUACCGCUACAACCAAAGUGGAUCCAUCACGAGAUUGGCGGCAAGAUAUGCAAGCUGGAUUUACCGUCUUACCACAGGGAGGGGUGCACUUGAUUGCUUCGUCAUGCAUGCAGUACUGA